UUCAAGAAGAGGCCUUUUGUCUUCUUCUACAUCAUUUCAGGUAGUUUAAUAAUAAUGGGAUCAUCGCAGUCAUCAGCAACAUCAUCGUCGUCGGCAAACAUGAAAGAUUUUAUCAACGGACAAAUCAGCGCAAACAAGAUCGUGGUCUUCAGCAAGUCCUACUGCCCCUACUGCACGAAAACGAAACAGCUCUUCGCUCAGCCCGAAUACAAAGCACUCAAUCCCGUUGUACACGAACUCGACAAGAUGGGUGACGGUCCAGCCAUCCAAGCAGAACUCUUGGCCAUGAGUGGUCAGCGAACGGUGCCAUCUGUGUGGAUCGGAGGAACCUUUCUGGGUGGAAACUCCGAAACACAGGCCGCCCAUAAGGACGGCUCGCUGCAGUCCAARCUGGGUCUCAACUAAACGAGAAACUCGUUCUUGGGUUCGAGCACCUGACGUUUCUUGCGGUUUGAAUAAACGAAGUUCAAGUAC